AUGGCGGGCGGGGGGCGGCUGCACGACCUGGACCUCAGCGCCGAGGAGGCCGAGCGGCUCCAGCGCGCCUUCCGCGACGAGCGGUUCCGUGAGCUCUUCGCCGAGUACGCGGCCGAGCUGAACGACCCCGAGCAGCGGCGGCUCUACGAGGAGGAGGUGGCGGCGCUGGAGCGGGAGCGCGGCGUGGAGGUGCGCUUCGUGCACCCGACACCCGGCUUCGUGCUGCGGACGAGCCAGGAGGGYUCCCGCCGCUGCUACAUCAAUGUCUGCAGCAACGCGCUGAUGGGGGAACCGCGGGCCCGCAACGAGCGCGGCGGGCAGCGCUGGGAGCUGCCCUACAGCCUGGCCCCGGGCCGCGAGGAGCUGCGCCCCGCCGGCCGCCGCCGCCUCCUGUACGAUGUGGUGUUCCACCCGGCCGCCCUGCGCCUGGCCGCCCGCAGCGCCCGCUUCCGCCGCCUGCUCUGCGACACGGCGCUGGAGGCCGUGGAGAAACAGUGCGGGGUGCAGCUGGACCGCACCAACGCCACCGUGCUGAGAGGAGUCUCCUACAAGGGCAYCCCGCAGGCGCCCGUCAUCCGCUCCCCGCUACCCGGCGGCGCCCCAAAGCCGCCCGACGACGGAGACUCCCCGCUGCCGCCCUUCCCCUUCCCGCCUGCCGCUCCCCCGGUCCCCGCCGCCGGAGGCUCCUCGCCCGCCGCGCCUCCGCCGCCCUCCGGCCCCACCACGCCGCGCUGGAGCAUCCGCCACCGCUCCUACGUGGACCUGCAGGACCACCGCUGCUGCCGCGACUCGGCGCCCAGCCCGGUGCCCCGGGAGCUGGUGGUGACGGUGGAGCUGCCGCUGCUGCGCUCUGCCGAGCAGGCGGAGCUGGAGAUCCGCGGGCGGGAGCUGUGGCUGGACUCGCAGAGUCCCGCCUAUCGCCUGCGGCUCCGCCUCCCCUACGCCGUAGACGAGCGCGGCGGGYGGGCCACGUUCAACCGGGCCCAGCGGCAGCUGCAGGUCACGCURCCCGUGGUGCCGCCGCCCGGCCCGCGGGAACCGCCGGCCCCGGUCGGGGAGAGGCUGGAGGAGACCGAGCCCACUGCCGAGGGGCCGGCAGAGCUGACGGAGGCGGGCGGCGGGGCGGUUCCUCUCCCGGAGCACGGCAGCGCGGCCCGGAACACGUGGGGCGGCGGGGAGCGCGGUGAUCCACCCGCCGAGCCCAUCGCUGAACCUCCCGCUGARCCACUUUGCGAUCCUCCCUCUGAGCCAUCCGCUGGUCCAUCUGCCGAUCCUUGUGCAUCCCCCGUAGAACCACUUUGUGAUCCACCCGCUCGUCCCGCUGAACCCCCUGCUGAUCCAAGCUCUGAACCCCUUACUGACUCGUCUGCUGAACCCCUCGCUGAACCUUCCACUGAUCCAGCCUCUGAACCUCCUGCUGAACCCCCUGGUGCUCCAACCACUGAACCCUUCCCCGAACCCACCAGUGACCCCCUCGCUGAUCCCCCCACCGAGCCCCCUGCCCCCUCCGCUGCUGCCUCCCCCAUCGCCAGCCCCGAGCCAGCCGUGCCCAGCGGGGACACCCCUCCGCAGCCCUCAAAGGGCCACCCCGGCCCUCAGAUGGCCACCACCACGUGCCCUCCCUUCCAUGCCCGGCAGGACGAGGCAUCCAUCACCCUGCUGGUGCUGGUGCCCGGCAUCCAUCCCCACAGCCUGUGCGGGGAYGUGGGCACCCAUCACUACAGCCUCCGCUUCUGCACCGACAGCGGCCCCUUCGCCCUGUUCCUGCAGUUCCCUCCCGCUGCCAGCCUGCUGUCCCCCGAGAGCAGCGUCAGCAUCUCUGCCCACAACGCCGUCGUGGGGCUCGCCAAAGCCCCCGGCAGCACCGGGCUCUGGGACAAGUUCAGCUUCGGGCUCGGCCCCUCCGCUCUGCAGGAAAGAUUGUUUGUCAGUGAAGAGAACAUUGAUGGAUUUCUGGGUGCUGCUUUCUGCCCUUCCCCUUGCUCCCAAUCAGCAGGGGAAAGCCAGGCUUUAAUUGAAGUGCUGGAUGUUACUGAGGACAGAAUUCAAAUCAGGGUGGAGCCACAGGAACGUGAUGGAGAAGGAACACUUGGCAGCUCAGGGGGAGCAAAAACCAACAGCAACCCCGAAACAAAGGCAGAAACAAAGUGUCCUGCAGCUGAGGAACGUGCUGCGGGAUCCACCCCAGCUGAAACAAUAGGAAAAGUAGGCUCCAGUUCACAGCAUUGUUUGCAGCCUGAACCUCCUGACAGCGGUUCAGCCAUUCCUGGCCACUCGGGGAGAAAAGAGCCCGAUUUAGAAAAUGCUGCUACAGCAGGAGAMACAGCCCCGGUGCCGGGAUCUGGAAAACAAGAAUUGCUGGAGGGGAUGCCAGGAUCCCCCAUCCUGCGGGAAGUGAACCCUGAGGAUGGCAGCGAGAGGAUCCUGCGGGAUCACCGAACGCACUGCCCCAUCACUUUUCACAAUUCUUUGCUCUAUGACUUGGAUUAGUUUCAUUAUUUUAGGAUUUCCUUGUGUUGUUUGAUUCUCGCUGCGAUUUCCACUUUUCAGAGCAGCCCGUGAAACUGGUUCAACAUCAAAACCUUACAAUUUUCAGAGUUUAACAAUUUUCUAAUCACUAAUUUUACUGAUGAAAAAGUUGCAGUUYGAGGUGACUCUGAGCUCCUGGAAAAAGAUGUAUCUUUAUUGUUUACAUAAAUUUUUUAUUCUCUUCCCACGUUUCGGGGAUUAUUUGUAUAUAUSCUUGGUCUAAUGGCUCCCACGGGAAUUAAGCAGUAUUCAUCAUUUUCCAAACCUUUCAUUUGGUGAUAACUGCAGGAUUAGACUCGCAGUGAUUCUCAGCAAUCAAACGAAAAUUUCUAAUUACCCAGAGAAGUUCUAAUUAGUCUCCUAGAAAUAAUCAGCAUUUAUACCCUGCAUUCCCUGCUAGUGCUGUGCUUUGGUUCUGCAGCACCCAGAUAUCCCCCAGCUCAACAAAUUCCACUGCAUAGGAACAUCCUCUGGGUGCAUGUCUGCUCUGCAGUAUUUACAGUUGGUGAAAUGRAUUCUCUUUAUCCACAUUAGAUUUAUUUUUCACAGUUUCCCUUGAGUUUCAGCGUUUCUCACCUCUCUAAAGCACAAUAACCAAGAGAACACAUCUAAUAAUAAACUUCCCGUUCCCCUUUCUCAYUGCUGCUGAACUGUUUUCUCUCACUUCUGUUUUCUUUAGAGUGCUGCAGGACACAGAGGUGCUUUAGAGAGUUAAAUUUGUCUCUGCUGGGCUAAGCUGAACCCCCAGCAGCUUUUUGGGAAAGGUCUGCCAGAGCUGAGGCACCAGCAACAGCCCUGACCCAGCACAACACAACACGGAGCAACCGCAUUGCAAAAUUGUAGUUAAAUAACCCCUGGAAAAGGGAAAAAGCAGCAUUUUCUUUCUCUAACAUAUUUAUCUGUCUUACAAAGAGCUGCUGAGGUGCUUCUGCCACGGCUGUGGUUCAAAGAGGAGCAGCAUUAAAGCAGCAUCAACAAACAGCUCCAUGGCUCCAGCUCAGCCCAGUCCCACCACACAGCAGCAGUUUUUACACAGCUGAUGAAUUCGAAAGCAACUUUUUUUUUCUCUAAAAAAUCCAAACAAAAGAGGUGUUGUGCCACCAGUUCGCUACUCUUUUUUUCUGCCUCAAUUAAUGAGUAUCAUUAAAAAUUUAAUGAAGUUAAAUGCACGCUGCUAGAAGGGGUGAUGGCACRUGUCCAGCCCUCGGGAUUAAAGAGAAACUCCCCCCUCCUUCCCAUCCUGACUUUUUAGGAACAUGAGAUGACAUCAUCUUUUUGCUGACAAUCAAGAACUUCUCUAGGCUUACAAAA